GUACCAGACCAGUGGAGCUACACCAUUUCCUCCGCAUAUUCUUCCAGCAGCUCACCUCUGCCUUCCAAUCACCCCCGUUCUUCCAGCAACUCACUGCUUACCCUCCCUCUCCUCUCCUCUCCUCUCCUCUCCUCUCCUCUCCUCUCCUCUCCUCUCCCUCUCCUCCUCCUCUCCUCUCCUCUCCUCUCCUCUCCUCUCCUCUCCUCUCCUCUCCUCUGCCUCCUCAAACGUGUGCCUUACAGGUAUCAGUGGAGCUACAUCACUUCCUCCGCAUAUUCUUCCAGCAACUCACCUCUGCCCUUCCCGAUGCUGACUGGCAAUCCGUGUCCGCCGGACCUCAUUCCGGACCUCAUUCCGGGCCACACCCUGGGCCUCACACCGGGCCUCACUCUGGACCACAUUCUGGACCUCAUGGUCCCCACAUGGACCUCCAACUCAUCCCCCUCAUGCCUCACCCCAUCCCCCCUCUCAAGGCCAACCACCCCCCUCCUCUCACCCAUCCCCCCACCUUCCCCCUCACAUGCUCCACCCCCUCCCCUCCCACUCAUCUCCCCAUCCCCCGAACCAUCCCCCCCAGUCAAGUCCUUAUCCUCCCCAUCCCAACACGCCCCCCAUCCCUCCCAUGCUCCCCACGGCCCCCAUCCUCCCCAGGGGAGACAGGGCCCUCCCCAUCCUUCCCCCGCCCCCUCCCCCCACCCUCGCAACCAAACAUCACCACCCCCACAGCACUUCUCACACCCAGACUCAACCCGAGAGGGCUCCCUCCCCCCCCACCCCAUGCCACCCCUUCACGAGCCCCCUUUUCCCAUGCAAACCCGCACUUCUCGUCCCUCCCUCCUCCGCUCUCCUCCUCCCACCCUCCCUCACAUGCUCCCCAGCACCGCAUCUCACUCCCUCCCAACGCUCCCAAACCAUCCCGCCACCCCCAUGCCGCCUCCCUAGCAGGCAAAUGCUGCCGGAUAGGCAGUCAUUUCAGGAACGCCCCCCUCCCUCCUCUCAGCCUCAGUUUGUUCGGUGGCAGGGAGGUCCGGGAGAAGGCCCGGGACAUCCAGGAGGGGGGAUGGGAGGAGGGGGGGAGAGGUGGGGGGAGAGGCGGAGGAAGAGGGGAAGGGAGAGGUAUGGGGAGGGGCGAGUUUUCUGGGGCGGAAGGGGGAGGGAUGAGGGGAGGGAGGGGAGGAAGGGGAGGAGGGAGAAUGAGUCUAGGAGGUAGAGGGAGGGGUGGAGGGGGGAGAGGAGCAAGUGGAGGAGGAGGAAGGGAGCAGGAGGCAGGGGAGGAGCGGGAGGAGGAGGAGGAGGACCAGUGGCACCCACUGCAGCGGCUGCAGCAGCGGCAGCGGCAGCAGAAGCAGCAAUGGCAGUAG